AUGGGUGCGCAUGCGUGUGAACGAACCAUGGGCAAAUUCACGUCGAAAUUUGAUGGCUUACCGAAAUCGAACGACACAACGACACAAUCCACCGAAUUGUCACAGCUUAUGUCAACAGCGACCACGAAUAUCUCAAAGCAUACCGAUCUCACAGAAUCUGGAAUUGUGUUACCUAUGUCGAAUAUGGGUACGAUUCAGACUAUUAAUAUAUUGCAUUCUAACGAUUUUUCACCAUCUAUAGAUCUAUUACGAUCCAUAGAUGAUACACAAUCCUUGGAUAUGUCGCAGUCUAUGCACUGGUCGCGAUCUAUGGAUAGAUCGCAAUUCAUCGAUUUAUCACAAGCAAUAGGUAUUUAA